CUCCUUGUUUCCCCCUGCUCUUUCAGUUUCAGUCUUCUCCUUUCUUUUCCAUAAAUGAUUGCUAUUUUCCACUAUGAUUCUGAUCAGGUGAUGAUAUCUUUGUUUUUAAGAUGUGCUGGAGGGUGAAGCAGAGUUUAGACUUCAGACCAUGUUUUAUGGUUCUAAAAUGGAGUGUAAAUUGGUUUUUCUGCUUGCUUCAUGAUAUUCAUUGAUAAUCUAUCAGACUAUUGAUCAAAUGGGGGGAGUGUGUUCAAGGAAGAGAGACCAACAGGUUGUUGAAGAUGGAAUGCGAAGAGGGGUGUCUGGACGGUAUGGUAAAAGUAAUAGUUCAAAGUGGCUUGUAACCUCUUUUUCACGGCCCAUGGUAGUUCACCAGCCUGGAUUGACCAUUUGCCCGUCUCUCAUGGAAUUAUGCAUCGAUAAAAUAUGCGAGGACAUCGACCAGUAUAGUUCAUUUUCAAUGCUGCCAAAGGAUAUAAGUCAACAAAUUUUCAACAAGUUGGUUUUAUCCCAUCUUCUUACUGAUGUUUCUCUUCAAAAGUUUCGAGAUUGUGCUCUUGAGGAUGUUUGGUUGGGUGAAUAUCCCGGAGUGCAGGAUAGUUGGAUGGAUGUGAUCUCUUCACAAAGGACAUCAUUGCUUUCUGUUGAUCUUUCUGGUUCUGAUGUGACCGAUACUGGUUUGGGUCUCCUAAAAGAGUGCUCGAGCCUCCAAGCCUUAACUUUUAAUCAUUGUGAAAACAUUUCCGAACUUGGGCUGAAGCAUAUUAGCAGUCUGAUGAACUUGACAUCCUUGAGUUUUAAAAAGAGCGACGCUAUUACCGCUGAAGGAAUGCGUGCCUUUUCCAGCUUAGUUAACUUGGAAAAGUUGGACCUGGAGAGGUGCUCAGGGAUUCAUGGUGGAUUUGUGCAUAUUAAAGGUUUAUCUAAACUUGAGUCUCUUAAUAUCAGAUGCUGUAAUUGUAUCACAGACUUGGACUUGAAGGCUAUUUCCGGGCUUAAUAAUCUGAAGGAGUUGCAAAUAUCGAAUAGUAACAUUACAGAUUUUGGACUGUCUUAUUUGGGAGGUUUGCGCAAGCUUAUUGUGUUGAAUCUGGAGGGAUGUUAUGUUACUGCUGCAUGCUUGGAUUCCAUCUCAGCUCUUGUCGCUUUGGCAUACUUAAAUCUUAGUAGAUGUUGCCUAACUGAUGAUGGAUGUGACAAGUUUUCUGGACUUAAGAAUUUGAAGGUAUUGAGCCUGGCAUUUAACAAUAUAACGGAUGCAUGUUUAGCACACCUAAAAGGAUUAACAAAUUUGGAGAGCCUGAAUUUAGAUUCGUGUAAAAUUGGCAAUGAAGGCCUUGCUAAUUUGACAGGCCUUUCACUCCUCAAAAGUCUGGAGUUGUCUGAUACUGAAGUUGGAAGCAAUGGGCUCCGACACCUCUCUGGAUUGACUCGUCUGGAGACCUUGAACCUAUCAUUCACUUUAGUGACUGAUAGUGGUCUAAAAAGGUUGUCUGGAUUGACUGCUCUUAAGUCACUUAAUCUUGAUGCUCGCCAAAUUACAGAUGCUGGACUGUCAGCUCUGACAAGUUUAACUGGACUGAUGCAUCUGGAUCUUUUUGGUGCUAGGAUUUCAGACAUUGGAACAAAUUAUUUGCGAUGCGUCAGGAAUCUCCAAUCCCUUGAAAUAUGUGGAGGGGGUUUAACUGAUGCUGGGGUGAAAAAUAUCAAGGAUCUUGCCUCUUUAACGAUAUUGAACCUUUCACAAAACUGCAGCCUGACAAACAAAUCCUUGGAAUUGAUUUCAGGACUGACAGCAUUGGUGUCAUUAAAUGUCUCAAAUUCUCACAUAACUAAUGACGGUUUGCCGUAUUUAAAGCCUCUAAAGAAUUUGCGCUCCCUAUCUUUGGAGUCCUGCAAGGUAACUGCCUCUGAAAUCAAGAAGCUUCAAUCAACUGCUCUUCCCAAUCUUAUCAGCUUCCGACCAGAAUAAUACUGAAGCAACUGUAACAUAUGCUGUAAAUAGCUGCUAUCAGCUGGAGAUAGCUCUCUCUACAGGUCAAUAGGUAUAUUAUGCCAAAGCGUGAAAGGCUGCCUUUCUGCUGGGGUCAGGGGAAUUGUGGUAAAUUAUUGGACAGUCAAUGUAAGGGUAUGGUUGUAAAUAUGUUUGGCUGCUGAAUUUGACAUUUCGUCUCUUGUUUUAUAAAAACAAAUAAAAAAUUGUACAUGGAGUUUUUAUGCUUGUUCAAACUAUUUUCUGCA